AUGUUCAAGUCAAUCUUUAAUUCUGGUAUCCGUGCGGUAUACACAGUCCUGGAGAAUCCUACGUUCAAUUCUGAUCCUUGGUCCAUAUAUCCCGCCAAAAAGAACUCCAACGGCAAGCUAGUGUCUGUCUUCAUUUUCGAUAAAAAGAAGUUUGAACAAAGAGUUCAGUCACUUUCAUCAACAAGUCUGAAAAAUCCCAAGGUUAUCAUAUCUGAGUGCUAUGAGCUCAUUAAGUUCGAAAUUAGCCAGCUGGCCAAGUUGAAGCAUCCCCAGAUUCUUACUAUAAUAGAACCAUUGGAAGAAACAAAGCUGAAGUUUUUGUUUGUCCUGGAACCAGUACAAAAUAACUUGAAAACAGUGUCAUUAGAAAAGUUUGAUGAGUUAACUAUUCAAAAGGGGUUGCUUCAAAUUUCGAAAAGUUUGCAAUUUUUGCAUAAUUUUUGUCAAAUCAUUCAUUUCAACUUACAGCCACUGUCUAUUUAUAUUAACGAUCAAGGAGAUUGGAAACUAUUCGGCUUUAGGUUUCUACAAAAUUUGAAUGAAUUAUCGAGUCAGGAGAGAGACAAUUUUUAUAUCAUGAACAAUUCGUCUUUAAUUCCAUUCACCAAUCUAAACUUAAAUUUUACUGCUCCUGAACUUUUGUUGGAUUCAAGUAAUAAGCUAUCACUUUUCAAUGAUAUUUGGUCUUUGGCCUGUUUAAUCUUUUAUGUCUAUAAUAAGGGAGAAUAUUUGGUUGAGUGCUUUGAAAGCGAUAGUAUUAACGAUUUCAAGAGUGCGUUUAAAAAAUUUGAAAAUAGGUUUUACCAAAGAAGAGGCUUACCUGACGGUAACAGUAUAGGAAGAGAAAUACCGUCCAAAUUAACAGGAUUAUUUCUUCAAAUGAUAUCUAGAUCCCCAAAUGAUAGAAUCACCAUUGACCAAUUUAUUGACCUGGAUUUUUUCAAUGGUAGCAUUAUCAAAGCUAUGUGGUUUGUUGACGAAUUUGCAACUAAGACGAUUGACGAGAAGUUAAUAUUUUUAAAGGGAUUAUUGGAAGUACAAGGUGAAGAGACAGUUUUAAAUCAAUUCCCACCCAGUUUUAGAAAUAGUAAGUUAUUGCCGUUGUUGAUUAAUGACGUCGUGCUUCAAGAAUUGAAAUUAGCAGAUAAAGGUGACAAGGGCUCAAGCAGUACCCCAAAUGCCUCAACAUCCAACGUAGCUAAUAGCCCUGUUGAUGAUACUAAGUCUACCUCUGAGUUGUUGCUUUCAUUAGCUUUGUCGAUAAUCUUCAAGAUUGGUAAUAAUUUGUCUAGCUUGACAUUCCAAGAUAAAAUUUAUAAUAUAUUACUUAAGAAUAAUCAAAGCUUUUGGAAGAAGGCAACAGGUUCUUCAUCAUCUUCCAGUUCACCUUACAAGUUAAUUAUGAACUAUUCGCCAAAAGUUCGUUUGUCAAUUAUUGAGAACAUCAGUGUAUUGAAAACAAAAUUGAACGAUAAACAACUCGUUGAAUUUGUCAAAAAUAUUGCGGAGCAGAUUUUAAUUGUUGAUCAACAACCUUCAAAUGAACAAGUUAGGCUACAAGAUUUAUUUCUUACUGAAUUGCAACCAAUUAUUCCCUUGUUUGAUUUCCCAUAUAUCAAAAAUACUUUAUUCCAAUUAGUUUGUCAAGUAUUCAAAACUACUACAGUGCUAUCAACUAAAAUCACCACUAUCAAGACGUUCGAGAGUUUUGUUGAUCAAAAGAUCAUCGAUAAACUAAUUGUGUCUGAGCAAUUAUUACCAAUUUUAAAUAACUUGAAAAGUAGAGACAAAUUGAUUAUUGGUCACGUAUUACGAUUAUUCAGUAAGUUGAAUAACAGUGAACACAUUCAUUUAGAACUUGACGUAAUUAUUAGUUCUAUUUUGCCUCGUUGCUGGCAACUAGCAUUUGGUUGUAACAACUGUACAGCACUUGAAUUUAAAGAAUUUGUCGAAAUUGUUAAAAAGGUUGAAAACGAUUUAAUCGAGCGGAAAAUCAAGUUAUUGCCGACAAGAGUAGAUAAUGGAAACGAGAUUGGUAAAGAUAGCAGCGAUUUUACUAAUUUGAUAAACACCCAAAAGUUCAACCAGGGUAACCAAGAUCAGAUUUUACUGGCACCCAAAGAUGAAGUGAUGAUUCAACCAGUUAAAAGAACGAGGAGUCAAGGUAAAGAGACGAAGCCAGUUAAUGGUAACAAUAACACCCCAGUCAUGACACCAAAGCCAAAAUCAGUUCCAAGUCAAAGAAAGCAACUACCCAAAACUCCAACUAUCUCACCUGCUCCGCUUUCAUUUGGAGCCACUUCGAAAAAGUCGAAUGUGAACAACGAUGCUUUACUCCGUACCUUAAAUUCUACUUAUCAGACGAAAAAUAUCGAAGAGGAUGACGAUGAUUUUGAUGAUUUCCAAUCAACAACUCCAGCCACAGCUGCAUCCGAUAGUUCGGUGAUUGACUGGAAUGUAGAGAUGAAUAAGACUAAACCAAUGAACCAAAUGAAGCCAAUUCAAAUUACCAAUAGCAUUGGAAGCCCAAAUCUACCUUACAAAAAUAGCGGCACUACAUUUAGUACCAACUCAUAUAAUAACAAUAACAAUACGAAUAUGAAUAAUAACACUACUUUCACAGCUACCACAAAUACUAAUUAUCCACCUGGAUUUAACUCAGACUUGGUACUCAAACCAAUGUCGAAGCAUACAUAG